AUGAAGCUUGGGCACAAUGCCUCGCGAACUGCUGCCAAUAUCAACAGAGCAUGGGGAGAAGAGUCCACAAGUGAUCGCACAGUACGAAGGUGGUUUCAGAAAUUCCGUACUGGUGAUGAGAACUUUGAAGAUGAAGAAGGCAGAGGAUGGUCAUGCAGUCUUGACAAUGAACAAUCAAAAGCAAUUGUCGAACAAAACCCACGUCAAAGUGUCAGAGAAAUGUCUCAGACACUUGGUGUUCGUAUUGCAACAGUCUCACGCACUCUGCAUGAGAUUAGUAAGGUGAAAAAUUCGGUAAAUGUGUACUGUGUGAGCCCAUUGCAAAUCAAAAAGUUCGGCGAUUUCAAGUGUGCUGAAUGCUCAUUCUGCGAAACACCAAUGAUCCUUUUCUCGACAGAAUAG